CCAAUCAAUCCAAUAUCCAGCACCGUAGAGAAAUAGAGAUUCAAAAUGGCGAACUUGUCCGCCUAUCGUGUUUACGCCAGCACUGUGAGCUCCGUUGAAAAUCUCCCAUAUGCGAGCCUCGACAAAGAAAUGCAUAUCGUUCCGGCCUUCGCCAGAGAUUACGAUAUGUAUCGGCGUUACGCGACAGGAAAAUUUGAGGCAUAUUUUGAUAAAAGCAAGUUCGAUGCCCAGACUAUCAAAGCCAUCAAAAGGAAGUCGACUUUCACCUCCAUCAACUUCUUCUUGAGCAUCGGAGGGCGUGACCCCGAAUUCCCAUUUGCCGUGACCUCUUCUGACGAAUCCACGCGGAUCAAAAAUGCCACCGACACUCUCAAACAAAUCGUCCAGACUUUCGGUUUUGAUGGCAUCGACGUUUACUACGAACACAUCAAACCUGAUGUGGCAAAUCAGUUUCCCAAGGCAAUAAAAAAGGUCAUAUGGGAUCUAAGGGUCUGUUUGGUUCGAGAGAAGGGAAGGGGAGGGGAGGGGAGGUGA